GUUAUUCUUCCUACCCAGCCAUCCUAGGAGUAAAACCAUCAAGGAGUGGAAUUUGCUUCCUUUUUAUUGUCACAUUCUGAAUAACCAGGGGCUUGCUGGCCAUCGCCGAUGAACUUGUACAAAUAAACUGUGUCUUACUUUUUCAGUAACCUUGCUUUUAGAUUAAACUUUUUGUUUGUUUGUUUGUUUGUUUGUUUUAAAUCUUGGUCAUUACAAACACGGAAUUUUGAACCAGUGUUCCGGUCAUUGUCCCGUGUUAAUGAGGACGUCAUUGCACAACCCCGUGCUGCUUUUUCCUUGGCCUCCAUUAUCAGUAGUGAGCUACUGCAGCUGUCAAAGGCUGGGAAGCCAUCGACUCCAGAAGAUGCUACCAAGUACUUCUUUGAGUUCUUCGAUGCAUGGGAAUGGAGUAUUAAAUUCCAGGGAUGCAGCAAGGCACACGGCUGGAGCAAAACGCUACAAGUACCUCAGAAGGCUCUUUCGAUUUCGGCAGAUGGACUUUGAGUUUGCUGCAUGGCAGAUGCUCUACCUGUUUACCUCUCCUCAGAGGGUUUAUAGAAACUUUCACUACCGGAAGCAAACAAAGGACCAGUGGGCCAGAGAUGACCCUGCCUUCUUGGUCCUCUUAAGUAUCUGGCUCUGUGUGUCCACCAUAGGAUUCGGCUUUGUGCUGGACAUGGGAUUUUUUGAGACAAUAAAGCUGCUGCUGUGGGUUGUGUUUAUAGAUUGUGUAGGUGUUGGCCUUCUGAUCUCAACGUUAAUGUGGUUCAUCUCCAACAAGUACCUGGUGAAACGCCAGAGCAGAGACUAUGACGUGGAGUGGGGCUAUGCCUUUGAUGUGCAUCUGAACGCUUUCUAUCCGCUCCUCGUCAUUCUGCAUUUUAUCCAGCUCUUCUUCAUCAACCAUGUUAUUCUCACAGAUACAUUUAUUGGAUAUUUAGUUGGAAAUACCUUAUGGUUGAUUGCUGUUGGCUAUUAUAUCUAUGUGACCUUCCUGGGAUACAGUGCACUGCCAUUUUUGAAAAACACAGUGAUCCUGCUCUAUCCUUUCGCACCUCUCAUGGUGCUGUACGGGCUGUCGCUGGCGCUGGGAUGGAACUUUACCCACACAUUGUGUUCCUUCUACAAGUACAGAGUGAAGUGAGCAUCCUAGAGAAACUGUCUGGUGUUGGGAAGGGACGAGUUCUUGUAAAUCUGUAAAUAGCUUCAAUAAGAUGUAAAGUUUUACAAUUUCAAGGUGAUAUUAACACUUAUGUAGAACAUUCCUUAAAACUAAUUAAAUGUACAUUUCUAAUAAAUAUUUUUAAACUAAA